GCCCCCCAGCACACCAGAGGCCCCAUGCAGGGGCAGACACCCAGGCGCGCGCCAGCCCAGAUCCCAAGCGACAUACCCCCCGGAGCCCGAACCCACGAGGCCCCGCCGGGGCCCCCGCCCAAGGGCGGCACACCCCAGGGGCCCCCGGACCCACCCAGCGGCAACACAGCUACCAGCCCGAGUUCCCUUCAUCUCCGCCUGCCUGCUGCUGGUCCUGCUGUUACUCCGGUCCAGCAAGUAUUCACUCUGCCGUGAUGCUGGUCCUGCUACCUCCGUGCUCCGGCUCCGUCGUGCUUGCCAGUUCCUGUCAUCAUUAUCUAAUAAACUCUUUUAAAACAUA